AUGUGGCUCAUCCUGCUUCUGCUGAGUGGGCUGACUGGACUUGGCGGCCUUAGCGAGCCCCAAACAGAAGGCACUCGUGAGAAAUUACACGUGCAAGUCACAGUGCCAGAGAAAAUCCGGUCCGUCACAGGCGAUGGCUACGAAACACAGGUGACCUACAAUCUCAAAAUCGAAGGAAAAACAUACACCCUGAACCUAAUGCAAAAGGCGUUCUUGCCUCCCAACUUUAGAGUCUACAGUUACGACAACGCAGGAAUCAUGAGGCCUCUUGAGCAGAAGUUUCAGAAUAUCUGCUACUUCCAAGGAUACAUUGAAGGUUAUCCAAAUUCUAUGGUGAUUGUUAGCACAUGUACUGGACUCAGGGGCUUUCUUCAGUUUGGAAAUGUUAGCUAUGGAAUUGAACCACUGGAAUCUUCCAGUGGGUUUGAACAUGUGAUCUACCAAGUGGAACCUAAGAAAGGAGACACAUUACUCUACGCCGAGAAGGAUAUGGACUUAAGAGACCUGCAGUAUAAGAUCCGAAGUAUCAAGCCACAGCGAAUCGCCUCUCACUAUCUCGAAAUACACGUUGUAGUGGAAAAGCAAAUGUUUGAGCAUAUUGGGGCUGAUACAACCGUUGUCACUCAAAAGAUUUUCCAGUUGGUUGGACUGGCAAAUGCUAUCUUUGCCCCCUUUAAUCUUACAGUAAUUCUGUCUUCCCUGGAAUUUUGGAUGGAUGAAAACAAAAUCUCGACCACAGGCGAUGCUAACAAGUUGCUGUACAGGUUCCUGAAGUGGAAACAGUCGUACCUUGUUCUUCGACCACACGAUAUGGCGUUUUUACUUGUCUACAGGGACACUACCGAUUACGUUGGUGCCACCUAUCAAGGGAAGAUGUGUGACAAGAACUAUGCAGGAGGCGUUGCUCUGCACCCCAAAGCUGUAACUCUGGAAUCACUUGCAAUUAUUUUAGUUCAGCUGCUGGGCCUCAGCAUGGGGAUACCGUACGACGACGUGAGCAAGUGCCAGUGCGGAGUGCCCGUCUGCGUGAUGAACCCGGAAGCGCUUCAUUCCAGCGGUGUCAGGACCUUCAGUAACUGCAGCAUGGAGGAGUUCUCCAAGUUUAUCACAAGUCAAAGCUCCCAUUGUCUUCAGAACAAGCCGCAGCUACAGCCGUCUUACAAGGUGUCACAAUGUGGAAACGGAGAGCUGGAAGAAGGAGAAGUUUGCGACUGUGGAAAAGAGGGCUGUGAAACUCUAACAGCAUGCUGUAAUCCCAACACCUGUGGGCUGUCAGAGGGUGCCGCCUGCGCCACCGGAAUGUGCUGUGACGUUAAUUGCCAAGUGAAGGCGAAAGGGGAGCUCUGCAGGCCUGCCCAACAUGAAUGUGAUGUCUCAGAGUACUGCAACGGCACAUCCACAACAUGUGAGGAAGACUUGUUUGUUCAUGACGGAGAACCAUGUGCACAACACAAGUGGGUCUGUAUUAACGGCACCUGUCAGAGUGGAGGACAACAGUGCCAGGAUCUAUUUGGCGAAGAUGCAGACUUCGGUACAAACGAAUGUUACUCGGAGCUGAAUUCCAAAAGCGACAUAUCUGGGAACUGCGGCAUCACUCCUACGGGAUACAAGAGCUGUGAACCUAAUGACCGGAUGUGUGGGAAGUUAAUUUGUAAAUACCAAAGUGAAAAUGUACUUAAAAUAAGGUCUGCCAUUGUUAUUUAUGCCAAUAUAAGUGGGCACAUCUGCAUUUCCCUGGAAUAUCCCCAAGGUCAUAAUGAGAGCCAGAAGAUGUGGGUGAAAGACGGAACUGUCUGCGGGAUAAACAAGGUUUGCUUGAAUCAACAAUGUGUAGACGACAAUGUCUUGAACUAUGAUUGCACCCCAGAAAAUUGCAACAAUCAUGGUGUAUGUAAUAACAAGAAGCAUUGCCACUGUGAUCCCACGUACUUACCUCCAGACUGUAUAAAUACAAAGGAGGCAUGGCCUGGUGGGAGCAUUGAUAGCGGCAACCAGUAUCGGGCUGAAUCAAUCCCUGCACGCCCCUAUGUUGCAAGUGCUUACCGCUCCAAGUCUGCACGGUGGCCGUUUUUCUUGAUCAUCCCUUUCUACGUUGUGAUCCUUGUCCUGAUCGGGAUGCUGGUAAAAGUCUAUUCCCAAAGGAAAAAAUGGAGACUGGAUGACUUCUCAAGCGAGGAGCAAUUUGAAAGUGAAACUGAAUCCAAAGACUAG